AUGGCGGUGAGCAGCGAUGUGUCGGCAGAUAUAAGUAAAAUAGAGCUUGAUAUACUUGGCAUUAAACAGCAAAUUGACCAAUUUGAGGAAAUUCUCAAGAGCGCCGAAUCCGGUUACACAUCGGUGUCUUCCCUCAACGAGAAGUACCAUGCUAUAAUUCUCUCCACCAAGGAUCUUUCUCAACACUUGAAGGCGCUUCGAGAGGUCUCCUACGCUCCCGGUGUUAGUGAUGAGGUGCGGGCCCGAGCGCGUAACCUACACGAGCAGGCGAUAAAUCAGACUACCCGGAUCCAACGCAUUGGUCGGGAGACGCAGCGAAUUUCCUCUGCUCUUUCUCGCUCCGCUGCCGCUGCUUCUCAAGGCUCUACUGGUGCCAUUCUCGACCUUAAGGGUGAUGGCGCAGGUGGAAUGCAGCAGAUGAUGCAGAUGCAGGAGGACGAGCAGAUGGCGCGUGAGAUGGAAGCCCUGGAAGCGGAUAUCGUAUUGGUCAAUGAGCUUUUUACUACCUUAGCAACCUACGUUCACGACCAGGGCGAAAUUGUUGACUCAAUUGAAGCCAAUACUGAGACCGCCUAUGUUCAGGUGCAAUCGGGUGUGCAGCAGUUGCAGACAGCGGUGCAGCAUCGGAAAUCGGCGCGUCGUCGAAAAUGCAUGUGUAUCCUCGUCCUCCUGGUUGCCAUAGUCAUCAUUGGCCUAGUUAUCGGGUUAAGUUUGAGGGACAAAGGUUGA